CCCCUGCCGGUUCCCCUUCCUCCGGCACGCCACACCCCCUCACCUUCUCCCCGCCCCCCGGCGGCCUACACUACGAUGGAUCUGGUUGGAUCCAGAUCCGCCGCCCGCUAGCCACCUUCCUCUCGCACCAGGCCUGGUAGCAACCUCUUCCCGGGUCCCUGGUGGCCGCCCGCCCCUCCGCCGUCGCACCGGUCCUGGCCGCCCAACCCACCCACUCGCGAACACACAUACAAGCCGCGGCUGCAACAGCUCCUCCUGCUACGCGCCUCCCCCCAAUCCCUGCUCACUCGCGGCCCCCCUGGAUCCUCGGCCGGCCGCCCUCAACCACUCCGUGCGGGCGCAGCACCAGAGUCCACAACCCCUCCGCUGUUACGCGCAAACACCGGAUUCGGCUAGCCAACUCCCGGCGCCGUCCCGUCCGGGCUGCUCCACCUCGCCCCGAUCUAGUAUCUCCGACCCCCGAUCUGUCCUUUCUGGUGCAGUGCACAAACCGUUGCACUGCAGCCCACUUCCCAGGUGUGUCCAUCGUCAGGCCACUCCUCGGGUGUCCCGGCGAGGUCCUCCCCUGCGUGGCACCGCAUCAACAGAUCUCAGGCCCCCCUUCUGCCCCUGUACAAGCUGUCACUCCUCCCCUUGCAAUCCAGCCAGCCCGGACUUGCAGUGCACCUGCGCGCAGGAUGCGGUUCCGCGCGUUGCCGUGCAGUCGACGCCUCCGUGCAGUUCACUGACGCGGUCCUCUGACUCGCCUGAGCUGCACGACCUGCACCAGUGUGGCGGCCGGGCACGGUGCGGGCUAGCUGCAGUGUGAAGAGCCCCGAUGUGCAAUUUUUUUAUUCUGAAUUUCAACAAGAUUUUUGCUGUUGAUUUAGUGAAUGCCUCUGCACCCGUGUGCAUUUCGGUGUGCACACACGCACUGCACCGGUGUGAGCAGCUCGAAUGGAGUUCGGAGUCGCAGUGCACUCCGGUGGGGGCAGUGGUGCACUCUGGUCCUGCCGCAGUGCACUCCUUCCCAUUUUUGUGCCAGUUUCAUGGGCGGCUCACCCUUCCGGCUGUGGGAAAUUGCGAUGUACAAGAAAUAGAGACAAGAUGGCAUUAACUUUGUCUUUUGAUGCAAUGUUGUGGUUCAGUUUUGUUUUGUUUGUAAUCUUGAAGUGCAAUUAGCUUUUGGGAGACGUCCAGUGCUCGCUUCCUUGUGUGAUGGGAGUAUACAUGUCUAUAUGUAUGAAUUUGUUGAAGUUCGGGCAAUGUAUUCAUGCAGUUUCAUUGUGGUGCA